ACUACAGAUGCUUUCUGGUCUGAGCAGGAACUGAGACGAUCUUUGCCACAGCGAUAGAUAGCCCUAUGUCUUCUUCCUUCCAUGGCCCUAUAUAAGCAGCUUCACCGAUUGCGAGACUCAAAAACUUGCAAGAGAUGGCUAGAUUCAUUACCUUCGGCUUCCUCCUCGUCCUGCUCAUCUUCUCUGGUCAUGAUGACCGGAAAAGGGUUCGUUUUGCUGAAGCGAAAGACUGCCACAAAGUGUGGAACUGCCGAGGAUACGACCGGUGCCGAGAAGACUGCCAGAACCGGUUCGCUGGGCGGGGCGCUUGCGAUCUGUACACCGCUCCUCCAGUUCCAAAGCAGUGCUUCUGCGCAUAUCACUGCUAAUGAUCAGUGGAAACAAACAUGUGAGUGAUAUACAACACUAUAUAGAUAUAUCAUAAGAAGGUAGUAUAUGUGUACAGGAGGUUUGGUCGGGGGAGUCUUAAAAUUUUGGUUCUGCAAAGUUUCUAGUCAUCAGUCUUUCUGCUAAACGGUUUAUGGUUAUCGGUCUGUUCCAUAGAUUGUAAUGUAAAAUAAUGUCAAUAUCAUGUGAGAAAAGCUGUGUGAAGAACUUCUCUCU